AUGUCUGUCCGCCAGUUCAUCGUGGGCGCAGUGCUCGCUCUGUCAAGCCUCAGCUUUGCCUCAGCUGUUCCCCAGAGACGCGAUGCCCCCCAGCCAGGAUGCCCCUACGUGGCGACCACAACGUUCACCCAGACCCUCAACAUCGUAGCACCCACGACGACUGGGGUGUACGAGACGACGACGAUCACCCAAACCGAGACGCUCCCUCCCAUUGCGACAACUACGGUGUUCUCUACCAGAGGCACGGAGAUCAUCACCGAGACGUUCCUUUACUCGAACUGGUAUGCUGAUCCGCCAUACCCGUCCUACUGCACGGUUUCGGGAGUGUAUGGCCCCUGA